AGCAAGCCGUGGCUGUCACUGUCCGAUUGUCUAUGAUCAAAGAGCAGAAGUUUUGAUGUCUGGCAUCGCGUACGAUUGUUCCUUUAUACGUUGCGUGUGUUUCCUUUUCCGUGUGAUGUAAACGGUGCUUUUGAUUUCCCUCCCGAUUAUCCCCGUGUUUGUGUGUGUGUUGUCGUUGUGAUCAUUUUCCCAAGAAGGCACAGAAAGAGAGUAGAAAAAAACAGCCACCCCAAGCAACGCACCACAAGACAGCUUGCUCACCUCCUGCUCCCUUCCUCACGCACGGCCUACCCUCGGUCAUUUGGUCGAGGAGUCACCGUGUGUGUGCGUGUGUUGCAGUAGGCGCUGGUGCGAGGAAACGACUAGAAAAGAGCCUUCCUUGUGCAGUGCAGCAAGACGACGACGAUUCAGCAACGACACACCGACACACGCUAAAAAGGCUACAGAAACCCCUCCCCCCAGUGUGUGAGGUGCUAAAGGUUUCUAAAGGGCGGACCGAUGGCUGAGCGACGGUCGGGCGGCACGAGCCGCAACAAUUUUACCGAGGAGAAAAGCUCCGCCGACACGCCGCCAAUGUCGCGGUUGUUUAUCAUCUGCAGCAAGAGCGUCACCGAGGAAAAUCUGCGCGAACACUUCGACAAGUUUGGCGACAUCGAGGAAAUAUGGAUCGUCAAGGACCGGGCGACGGGCGAAGGCAAAGGUGUCGCCUACAUCAAGUACGCGAAAACGUCCGACGCGGCCAGAGCGCUCGAGGAGAUGAACGGCAAGUGCGUCGGGGACAAUACGCGCCCGAUCAAGGUGCUGGUGGCGGCCAACCGGCAGCAGGGCUCGCGCAAGCAGACGGAGAACGAGGAGGAGAAGUAUCUGCGGCUGUUCGUCAUCAUCCCGAAGGACAUGACGGAGGAGGCGCUCCGGGAGGAGUUCGGCAAGUACGGCACGGUCGAUCUGGUCACCAUCAUCCGCGACAAGGUGACGAAGGAGGGCAAGGGCUUUGCGUACGUCAAGUUUGGCCGGUUCCUGCACGCGGCCCAAGCGUUCGAGGGCUGCGAUCCGAAGUAUAAGGCCGUGUUUGCCGAGCCGAAGCCGCCCCGCAACGCGUCCGUCUCGUCGAACGAGAACUUUGGCGGCUUUGUCGGGGGUGGCGGCGGUGGUGGCGGAGGAGGUGGUGGUGGCGGUGGAGGUGGUGGUGGAGGUGGUGGAACCGGUGGUGGUGGCGGUAGUGGAGGAGGCGCCGGAGCCGGUGUUUUUGGGGGUGCGGUAAACAGUGCGAACGGGUUCGCCGACGACCGGCGGGUGGGACCGGGCGGUGGUGGUGUCGGCAGUGUGAGUGGGGCCGGCGCGAUGAUGGGCUUUGCUGCGAUGGGCGGCAACGAUAGGCGGUCGGGGGCGGGCGGUGCCGUGGACCGGCGCGGAGGUGGCAACGAUUUUGGCGCCUUCAGCGGGUACGGUGGGGCGGGCGGCAACAGUGCGAUGGUGCCGAACGGGAACGAAACGAUGCUGACCGUGCUGUGCAGCCCGGUACUGAACCAGGACCAGCUGUGGCGCCUGUUCGACAUCAUUCCCGGGUUGGACUACUGCCAGAUCAAUAAUGAUUUCAACAAUCGCAACGUGACGGCAACGGUCGUGUACAACAACAGCCAGUCGGCCAUGUACGCGCGGGACAAGAUCCACGGGCUGGAGUAUCCGCCCGGCGAGCGGUUGAUCAUCCGGCUCGGGCACGAAACGGUCGGCACGAUGGGCGUCGGAGGCGUCGUAGGGGGCGUCGGUGGUGUUGGAGUGGGUGUCGGAGGCGUGGGCGUCGGAGUCGGCGGUGGCGGUGCGGUCGAACCAUUCAACGGAAACGAUCGUGAGGCGGCGUUUUGCAGUGUGCCGCUGCCGCCGCCCCAACCGCUGGCCAACGCGAACGCCGAGGUUGCCCAGCGCUGCUUCAUCGUGUGCAUUCCGAAGGCACUGCCGACGAGCGUGCUGAAGCAGACGUUCUGCCGGUUCGGCGACCUGAUCGACGUUUACCUGUUGCCGAACAAGAACUGCGGGUACGCCAAGUACGCCUCCGAGGAGUCGGCCAAGAAAGCGAUCAAGCAGCUGCACGGUGCGGACAUUCUGAAUGUACGGCUCAAGGUGCUGGAAGCGGAGGAACCGAGCAACGAUCGAAGGAAAAGAAUGCGCCACGAUGAGCGCAUGGAGAAUGAGUAAUUUGCACGCUUGCCAGUGAAAGAAAGCGUCGCGUCUGUGCACAGAACGCAUACACACUACUUUUAACGAACAGCAAAGAGACGCACUGAAACAAACCCCCCUCCCUGGUACAGAGAAUGUGAACACAGAAGCGAAACAAACUGAAACGAUACGAUGGUACUGGUACUGUAGCAUAACCUAGCUUAUACUCUAUAUACCUUGAACGAUACACCUACGGGAUGUGGGGGGGAGGUAUGGGGAGACCUCCUCCAGCAGUCGUACACUACCGUACCUACGACUACUAGAACUCUGGACGCCUACACCCGAAAGAGAACGGUUUUGGACAAAGAGAGAGAGAGAGAGGAAGAACGAAAAGAACGUUAGAACGCGCGCAGGAAUACGAUACGAAACCUUCUGGCACCAGGCUGGAGAAAACACCUCUUCUCCUGCAUCCUACACAGAAAAAGAACAAAAGAAACAAACAUCCACCAGACACACGAGAAAAUGUGCGUGAUGUGUGUACACUAUUACAAACAGCAAACAAAAAAAAAAGAAAGGGAAAACUGACGAUGUGCAGCGCUUUUCCGAUUUUGUGCUAUUGCUACUUGCUAAUACACAAUACACCACCGUCCAUCCUCUGUUCCUUUCCCACUUUCUCACUCUCCUUCUCUCUCUAAGGUCUGCGUGGACGUGCAGGGGACUGUCAAGGACAUAGAGGAUCUUUCCACUUGAUAAGGUCUCUCUCUCUCCUUCCUCCCCUUUUCGUCUCGGACACUUCCGAACCUAUGGACGCUUGUGGACAUCACUAGACGGUUUGUGUGUGGGUGUAUAUGUGUGUUUGGCGACUGAAAAAAUCGAACGGAGCAAACAGAAAACGGAAAACGUAACAAUCACAAUCGUCGUGUACCAAACUUCCCUAAUGCCAUCAAUUAUACCAUCAUCAUCACACUUUCCCCUCAUUUCCUGUCAUGCCCUGGACGCCUUCGUACGGACGGACCACAACGCCAACUUGGUCAGGGUGUGGUGAACCAACCAGCGCGCCAUCACCACGCUCGGAAGACUACUGUGACGACAGCACGUUUCGACACUGGACAGUUGUUUGGAACAUUGUAACACGCGAUACAGAGAGAAACAGAAAAAGCGAGAGAAAGAGAAGCUAUACCACUGGAAACACUGAACAGUACGCAAAGAGGACACAGAACAGCGACCACUUUUGGGACGAAGAAACACGCCGGCGGAUCGAAACGAUUAGAACACGGACUCACGAAAUUGAAAGGCGCACACUGUCAAUGUGUGCUUCUGUGAAAAUACCCACAAAACGCAACAAGCAGGAACCACAAACGAACAAGGACGAACAAGGACGAUCCUUUUACCACUGCCACCUAGUGGGUGGUGGUGUUACCAUGUUGCGUGUAUGCGAUCGAGAAGAACGAAAGGCGGACACAGGAAGACAAUGAUCGGAAGUGAACGUGUUUGGGAAGGCAAACGAUACAAGAAAACGAAGUGUACUGAAGACUGAGACGUGUACUGGUGAGCACGCGUUCGUGUGUGAAUGUAGGGUUUUGCGUUGAAUUGAAGAGCGACGACAGAAAGAGGAUGAGAUACCGGUUUCGAAGGACGUUCUUUCUUUA